AGUGUACAAGGGUUUCUGUCGGAUGAUGAAAUUGCAUCGCAAGUGACACAAGUACAGGACUGGAUGUUACUGAUGUCAGCUGUGAAAAGUACAUUUAUUGUUGGUAUCGGGUCGAUCUUUGUGUUGGUGCCAAGGCUGGCAGCAGCAUUCGAAAAUGGACAGUGGAUUCUGAUUGCACUGUGCAUGACGCAGACGGAAUGUGAAGUGGCACUUACAGUUGGAGGUGCAUUCACUGCCAUGAAACUUCGUAUCUUGGGCACGUUACUCGGUGCAAUGUACGGUUACGUCACCUAUAUCUCCGUUCACGAUAAUGUCUCCUACACAUUUGCCAUGUUUGUACCUUGGAUUCUCAUCUGCGGUUACUUAAAACAAAUGCCAAGUUGGUCCUAUGCAGGUUCGGUUGCUGCAAUAACACCGAUAGUCAUCAAUCUCGGUCGUCUACCCUACGGUGAUGCAUUGCCAGCUGGAAACUAUGCUCUCCUUCGAAUUGAAGAAAAUUUUGUUGGUAUUUCAAUUGGUAUCUUUCUGACGAUGCUAAUCUUUCCGGUUUUUGCACUGGAUACGUUGAAAGAGAAUAUUAUGAAGACACUGUUGGAAUGUAAGGAUGCAGUGGGAACGAUGCAUCUUGUGUAUGACCAACUGUUACUGCAUUCGCAUGAAAAAGUGGAUGGCGAAGUGAAUGAAGAGCACGAUGAUAAGAAAAAGACAGUUAUUGAUAAGGUGACGAAAAUCGACCUAGAAAAAGGACAGUUUCUGAACAGACAGAGGACUAAAUUUCAACAACUGAUUAGUGUACAAAGAAAUUUAGUAGUGCAAGUUUGUUUUAUAGAUAUUCAAGUUAGUCCAAAUCCAUCAUGUAAUAUUAAAUUUUAUGAAAUAAUAGGCGAUUGUCCAGCAUUGAAACUUAUUUUAAAUUUUAUUGGUCAUACUGGAUAUUACUGUUGUUCUCUUUGUUAUAUACACGGGAUACAAAGUAUGAAUAAAAGACAAUAUCUUUAUCUACAACCAUUGAUACUUCGUGGAACAACGUCAUACUUAGAAGAAUCAAGAAAAGCUGACAGAAUUAAUCGGAAAAUGAGAGCAGUUAAGGAUUUAUCAUAUAUCAAAGUCACUGAAUUUCGAAAUAUGUUAUUGUAUGGUUUAUUACCAAAGAUUUAUUUAUUUUUAUCAUUAGAAACCAUAGCAUAUUUUGCCUUAUAUGUUUGUAGCAUACGGUUAUUAUAUGGUAAACGUGUAUUUUGGACUAAAACAAGUAUGAUGCCUGAUCAGUUAUUAGGUAGAUACUAUGAAGUUCAUGAACAUUAUUAUACUGGUUUACAAAAUUUGAUUCUUCAUCUUUAUUUACAUUACUCGCCGCAAUAUGAUCAUCAUGGAGCGUGUUGCAAUAUAGGAACAUCUGGUCAAGAAGAUCUUAUUGGACAUAUCACUUCCAAUUGUCAUGUAACUCGUUAUUAUGGAGAAUUAAUAGCCUAUUAUUAUAGUAUUGAUUUUUCAUUACAUAAUAAAACUGAACGAAAAAUACCACCAAAUAGACUAACAGAUGAGACAAAUCAAAAUGAUGGGUAUGCUAUUGUGAAAUAUUAUCCUACAAAACAUCUUUAUAGUGUGUUUUUUGAAUCAUCGAAAUAUUAUGGUUUAUUACGUGAUUCAUUAGAUAUUUUAUGUUUUGUACUUAAUCAAAAACCUUCUACAGAUUGCAUUUGUCCAAAUUUUAUUUAUAUUUAA